UCCGCGCCAGGUUUUAGGGUGGCCCAUUGAAAGCCAGCUGUUGCAGAGCAGGGAGCCGGCCCAACGUUUCUCCUCGUAUUUUUUGGUUUAGGAGUCCGACUGGCGCUGGCAGAUCGGUGUGUGAUUGGAGCAGCGCAGAGAUUGCCUGGAGCACAAGCCCGACGCACAGACACAGGCCCCCCGAACUAUAGUCGCAUUGUAGACUGUUUCAGCAUUGUAUUGGCGACGUCGUGGAAUACGACUGCAUGUUUUAUUUUUAGGAUAUGUGCUGAUAUGCUUCUCAUUCGCCUCUUUUAGGCUACAAUAACAUUGGAGCCGUGCAGUUUUUGAAUUCAUUGUGUCCAAUCGAAGGGAAAAUGUGGAUGCGUGCGAGGGGGAUAUGGGAAAAAAACUAUUGAUUAAUAGUUCCCGAACGGCAUCUCGCUAAGGAACAGUUUGUCCGGUCCUUGGGGACGCGUGGACUUGGAGAGAGAGAGAGAUACCUGCCACAAGAAACAACACGAUCUGUCCCUCGUAAUUGGAGCAUGCAUCGGAACCACGGACGUCUUUGUGUUGCCCGCUGCGUAUUCCGAGUUUGAGGGGGGCCUCUAGCCUGCUGAAGGGGUGACCACUCUCUCCGUGUUCCUUCAAUGCCAAACUGAAAUAUUCGUCAAACACCAUUUAGGACUGUUCACCUCAAAUAUGAGAAGAUGACUGGUGAGGCUUCUCCUAAAACCACAGAUCGCUGACUACUCCAAGACUCCUCUGCUUUUUCGAUUCUAUAUCCUACAACCACAGUUGUUAACUAGAGGGCAUCUGGAGACCUCUCCACACAUCAACAAUGGCUCCUGCAGCGUGGAGGUGUUUAGUUCUCCAUUGUCUACUGCUCACCCUAAUUCAUUUCCAUUGUUCAGAAGGGUUCGGUCGUGCUGCCCUGCCGUUUGGCCUGGUCAGGAGAGAGCUCUCCUGCGAAGGAUACGCCAUCGAUCUCCGCUGCCCCGGUGCUGAUGUCAUCAUGAUCGAGACGGCGAACUACGGCCGUACCGACGACAAGAUCUGCGACGCCGACCCGUUCCAGAUGGAGAACGUCAACUGUUACCUCCCCGACGCCUACAAGAUCAUAUCACAAAGGUGCAAUAACCGUACCCAGUGUGUGGUUGUGACUGGCUCCGAUGUGUUCCCUGACCCCUGCCCUGGUACCUACAAGUAUCUAGAGGUUCAGUAUGAGUGUGUCCCAUACAUUUUCAUUUGUCCCGGGACCCUGAUGGAGGUGGGGGAGCCCACGUUUGUGUUUGAGGCAGAGCAACAGGCGGGGUCGUGGUGUAAAGACCCCCUGCAGGCCAGAGACAAGGUCUUCUUCAUGCCUUGGACACCGUACCGCACCGACACUCUGAUUGAGUACAACUCCCUGGAGGACUUAAAAAAUGGCCGCCAGACUACCACCUAUAAACUCCCACAUCGAGUCGACGGCACCGGCUUCGUGGCCUACGACGGAGCCAUCUUCUUCAACAAGGAGCGCACGCGCAACAUCGUGAAAUUUGACCUCCGCACGCGCAUCAAGAGCGGUGAAGCCAUCGUGGCCAACGCCAACUAUCACGACACUUCGCCAUACCGCUGGGGCGGCAAGACGGACAUAGACCUCGCUGUCGAUGAGCGGGGGUUGUGGGUAAUCUACGCCACGGAGCAGAACAACGGGCGCAUCGUGGUCUCACAGCUCAACCCAUACACGCUCCGUUUCGAGGCCACCUGGGAGACGGCGUACGACAAGAGAUCCGCCUCCAAUGCCUUCAUGGUGUGCGGUGUGCUGCACGUGGUGCGGUCCACCUACGAGGAGAACGAGAGCGAGGCGCCCAAGAGCCACAUCGACUACAUCUACAACACCAAGCUGAGCCAGGGAGAGUACACAGACAUCCUCUUCCCCAACCAGUACCAGUACAUCGCUGCUGUGGAUUACAACCCCAGAGAUAACCAGCUGUACGUGUGGAAUAACUUUUACAUCCUGCGCUACGACCUGGAGUUUGACGCGGAGAAAGACCCUGCUGACGUGCCAACUACAAAAGAUGUCUCCCUCUCAUCAGCCCUGCCUGAGACCACCACUCUCAUCACCACCACCACAUCCACAGUCAAAGGCCCAGUUAACACCACGAUUCUGGCUGACCCCAGGGAUGGGAGAGAGAGAGAGGCGGGAAACCCAGCAGAGGACACCCAUGGGACGGCUGACCCCACCGCUCCAGAGAUCCCCCCCACCCCCAGGCGCUUCUGUGAGGGAACAACGAAGAGAGGCAUUUCCUGGCCCCAGACACACACUGGAGUCACCGUGGAGAGACCCUGCCCCAAAGGAACCAGAGGCAUUGCCUCCUACCUCUGCACGGUGGCAGGGGGGACCUGGAACCCAAAGGGACCUGACCUCAGCAACUGUACCUCCCACUGGGUCACUCAAGUGGCACAAAAGAUCCGUAGUGGGGAGAAUGCGGCUAACCUAGCCAAUGAGCUGGCCCACCACACACAGGGUCCAGUGUUCGCCGGUGACAUCAGCUCGUCAGUGCGUCUCAUGGAGCAGCUGGUGGACAUCCUGGACGCUCAGCUCCAGGAGCUAUGCGAAAAGGACUCCGCUGGGCGUAGCUUCAACAAGGCCAUUGUGGAUACGGUUGACAACCUCCUGAGGCCGGAAGCCCUGAAGUCCUGGGAAGACAUGAAUUCCACGGAGCAAACGCAUGCCGCCACCAUGUUACUGGAUACCCUGGAGGAAGGCGCCUUCAUCCUUGCCGACAACCUGAUUGAACCCGCUGUAGUCAAAGUGCCUGCAGACAACAUAAUGCUGGAUGUGUAUGUGCUCAGUACUGAUGGCCAGAUGCAGGACUUCAGGUUCCAGACCAGCAAGGGUGGAGCCUCCAUUCAGCUGUCUGCAAACACAGUCAAAGUCAACAGUAAAAACGGUGUGGCCAAGCUGGUUUUUGUCCUCUAUAAGCACCUGGGCCGGUUCCUCAGUACAGAGAAUGCCACUCUCCGAGGAGGAGGAGGACGUAACCUUUCAGACCUGACCGUCAACUCGCACAUCCUGGCCGCCUCCAUCACCAAGGAGUCCAGCCGCGUGUUUGUGUCCGACCCCGUCAUCUUCACCCUGGAGCACCUAGACAAGGAGCACUACUACAACCCCAACUGCUCAUUCUGGAACUACUCUGAGAGGAGUAUGAUGGGCUACUGGUCCACUCAGGGCUGUAAGCUCCUGGACACUAACAAGAGCCACACCACCUGUUCCUGUAGUCACCUGACCAACUUCGCCAUCCUCAUGGCCCAUCGAGGAAAUGUGGUGGAGGGGAGCGUCCACGAGCUGCUGCUGACGGUGAUAACGCGGAUGGGCAUCGCUGUGUCUCUGGUGUGUCUGGCCAUCAGCCUGUUCACCUUCUGCUUCUUCAGGGGCCUGCAGAGCGACCGCAACACCAUCCACAAGAACCUCUGCCUCAACCUCUUCAUCGCCGAGCUCGUCUUCCUCGUGGGCAUCAACAUGACUGAACCCAAGCUGGUGUGCUCCAUCAUCGCGGGCGUUCUUCAUUUCUUCUUUCUGGCGGCGUUUGCCUGGAUGUGCCUGGAGGGCGUGCAGCUCUACCUCAUGCUGGUUGAGGUGUUUGAAAGCGAGUUCUCCCGCAGGAAGUACUAUUACGUCUCCGGAUACCUCUUUCCUGCCGCGGUGGUGGGAAUCUCGGCCGCCAUCGACUACCGCAGCUACGGGACACAGAAGGCCUGCUGGCUGAGGGUGGAUAACCACUUCAUUUGGAGCUUCAUAGGACCUGUCACCUUCAUUAUCAUGCUCAACCUCAUCAUCCUGGUGGUGACCAUGUACAAGAUGGUGAAGCACUCCACUUCCAUGAAACCCGACUCGACCCGGCUGGGCGGUAUCAGAUCCUGGGUGCUUGGGGCGUUUGCCCUGCUCUUCCUCCUAGGUCUGACCUGGUCGUUUGGCCUGUUCUUCCUCAACGAAUCCUCCGUGGUCAUGGCGUACCUCUUCACCAUCUUCAACACUCUGCAAGGGAUGUUCAUCUUUAUCUUCCACUGCCUCCUCCAGAAAAAGGUCCGUAAAGAGUACAGCAAAUGCUUCCGCCAGUCCCAGUGCUGCGGAGGUCUGCCUUCUGAAGGGUCCCACAGCUCGGCCAAGACGGCCACGUCUCGAUCCACCGCACGCUACUCCUCCGCCACACAGAGUCGUAUCAGGAGGAUGUGGAACGACACGGUGAGGAAGCAGUCCGAAUCCUCCUUCAUCUCCGGAGACAUCAACAGCACCUCCACCCUGAACCAGGGGAUGACUGGCAACUACCUCCUAACUAACCCUCUGCUCCGAGCCCACGACCCUAACAACCCCUAUAACAACCUGCUGGCUGAGACGGUGGUGUGCAACACCCCCUCCCCUCCAGCCUUUCACUCACCAGGGCAGCAUUCUCUGACUCACAGCAGGGACAUCAGUGCCAUGGAUACCCUACCCCUCAACGGAAACUUUAACAACAGCUACUCCCUGCGUGACCAGGAAGACAACCAGGAAGACGACUAUGAGGACAUUGUGGGCGUGGUCGGGGGCGUGGUCCACGGCCCGGGGGACCUGGGGGGCCUCAGCCUGGAUGACGCCGCCUUCGAGAAGAUGAUCAUCUCUGAGCUGGUGCACAACAACCUGAGGCCCCGCGGGGCCCCCAAGGGCCACAACCCCCAUAGGGAUAGCAGGGACAGGGACCAGGCCCCUCUCCAAACCAGGGUGACUGUGGACAAGGAUAGGGGUGGUGGGGGUGGAAGCAGCAGCGAAGAUGAUGCCGUAGUGGUGGACCACGCUGAGGCUUCGUCCCCCCAGAGAGGCAGUAUAGUCGGGGUAGUAGGUGGAGGUCACCCCACCCUAGAGUUGCUGCUGCAUCCCCACCAUAAGGAGGCGUUAGAGGCCCCACUCCUGCCCCAGAGGACUCACUCCCUGCUCUACAGCGCCCACAAGGCCCCCAGGAGGGCUGUGGAGGGCCCUGGGUGCCACGGCUCAGAGACAGUGGGGGCAACAGGGGACGGAGAUUCCCAGUCACCCAACAACAACAGGGACUCCCUGUACACCAGCAUGCCCAACUUGAGAGACUCUCCCUCAGCCUCCCCCUCAGCCUCAUCCUACCCCCCCGAUGAAGAUGAUAACCUGUCACAUUCCCCCAGGAGCGAGGGGGAGGACCUGUACCAUAAAAGCAUGCCUGAGCUGGGCGACGGGCCCCAGCCCCUGUCCUACUACCACAUAAACCGGGGCACCAGCAAUGGGUGCAUCGUAUCCCCCAGCGCUGAGGACUGUGUACCCGAGGGAGUGGGCCCCCGGGACGGACAGAUGCAGCUCAUUACCAGCCUCUGAGCAGAUGGGUGGAGGAAGGAGAGGAAGCACUUCUCUGGUGUUUUUGCACAGGUUUGAACAUAUGUAUGUGUGUGGGCUUUGGUUGAUGUCAAGACUAUUGCCAGCCCUCAUCGAUUCUCCCAGCCCUCCAUCUCUGCACUCGUAAUGACCCAUCGAAGCAGGAAGUGAAAUGUUUGUGAGUGGUAGGGAGGAAGGAGAUGGAUUACUUUUUCACACAUAAACUCGGUCACACACACAAAUAUCCUCUGAAACCGUCUGUCUGUCUGUGGACUUGAACUGCUCUGCUCUGCUGUGGGACUUCAGAGAGGUAAAUGCAUAGACCACUACAAGUGUCAGAGAGAAGUCUGUCUGGCGCCAUUCCUGUCCAGCCUGCAUUUGUAUUAUAUUGAAGAAGAGAAAAAAAACAUGGUUUAGAACUCCAGGUUUAGAACUUUUGGAACACUGGUGAAGUGUUCCUGGAGGGGAUUCCAGAAUGAACGAGGAUGAGUAUCUGUUGGGUCCUGGACUCUAGAAUGUUCUAGAGUCAUUCCACUAAAUAGUGAGGACUGUCAAACAAAGAACCACUAAUUCAGACUCAGGCCUUAUAUUUUCUCUAUUGCACAUUUAACUGUUGUCAGAGUAAUAGCUAAAAGAAAAUAUAUUUUGCUGUACCACAAGUGUAAAAAAAAAAUAAAAAAAUUAUGAAAAAAUGUUAUGGCAACCAAUUAUACAACAUUUCAAUGUUGAGAAGAUUAUUCUCGAUGCAGGUCGCUCAAAUCUGUUUUUUCCUCUCACUUGACUCAUUGUGGUAUGUUUGAACAUAAAAAAAUCGAAUAAAAAAAUUCUAUUUUUAAAAAAUCCCAUAAUAAACCUUACAUCUUCAUUUGUGAAGUGCUUUUUGCUUUCAUGAAUCAAGAGCUUUGCCAGUAAUAUUUUGUGUUAACACCAUGCCAAGCACAGAUUUGGCGUGAAUUUGGUCGUUGUGUAAUUUAUUUUACUUGAAAGAAAUUGUCAGGUUUCAAAAAAUAUGUGUCAACGUGAUAUUUCAAGUUUUACAAGCAUAUUUCAGCCUUUGACACUAAUUAAUUUAUUAACAGUUAUUGAAAAUUUGGAAAGGUAAAAUGGUUGGGAAGUGUGACUUGUUUCAGCACUGUUUAGGUUCAUUUUGUACGAUCCCAUUGUCGGCUUAUAUAAAAAUUCAACUCUUGUUUGAUAUCAAAUAAAUGUGAGACUUUUUCUUGUU